ACUAAAAUUAAUUAUAGUCCUAAAUAUUAUUUAUUAAAAUUAUUCAAAGAGAUUCGUUAUAAUUCUGUUCUUAUAACUUUUGUUCUAAUACUUUCUCAUUUGAUUACGGUGCUAACCAAAGAAGAACUAUAACCAAAGAAGUUCCUUUCUAUUUGUUUAUGUUUUGCGGGUUUAUUUGAGGGUUUAAAAAUAUGAAUUAGCUUUUUGUUUUGAAGACGUGAAGUGGAAAUUACUGUACUAUAAAUUUAAGAUUUAUAAUUAUUUUAUCUGUCCUUAAAAUGUCAAAUUUUAAGCGCGGAGAUUUGAUAUUUUUAUCAAAACCCUAUGUCUAUGUGCUCAACAAUAACCAAAGAGGCAAACGUUGUGAUCAUUGUUUCCUGAAGAAUGACAAUCUGAAACGUUGCAGUCAGUGUGAAUUUCUUUAUUUUUGUGAUAGAAAUUGUCAGAGGAAGGCCUGGGAUAUUCAUAAAAAUGAGUGUAAAUGCAUAAUGAGAGCCAGUCCAAAACAGCCCUCUGCUUCCAUGCGUUUGAUCUCUCAGAUUUUCUUUAAAAUAAAAAAAUAUGGUUAUGAUGAGCCAUAUGAAGAAAUUCACGAUCGUAAAGUUUCUUUUCGAACACUGAUGUCACAUGCUUCAGAAAUAAAGCAAAAUGGAAAGGCUUGUCAGCAGAUGGUGGCAUUAAUAGGCACUCUCAAAGACUACAUUGGGCAAUGUAACAUACCACCUACUGAGGAAUUUAUUGAAAUAUUUGGAAAAAUGUGCAUAAAUACAUUCAGUAUCUGUGAUAGUGAAAUGCAAAGUAUUGGAAGUGGCAUAUAUUUAGGGUACGUGAAACUGUUUUCUAAAAUAUAUUAAUUUUUGUAAUUAUUC